GCAGUAUUUCACUAUGAAGGGGACUUCACCUCUUUAGCCUCUGCAGAGUUAGCUUUUUUGGUGAACGGAGAGCUUGUGUUGUGUGACCUGUAACUAAAGAUGGCUGACCUUCAGGCUAAAUUUGAUGCAGCAGCAGCUGAUGUGAAGCAGCUAAAGGCAAAGCCGGCAGAUGAGGAGAUGCUUCAGGUCUACUCCCUGUUCAAGCAGGCCACCGUAGGUGACGUCAGCACAGCUCGUCCUGGGAUGUUUGACUUCACUGGGAAAGCUAAGUGGGAUGCCUGGGAGCAGCAGAAAGGCAAGAGCAAAGAGGAUGCCAUGAACGAGUACAUCAACCUUGUGGAGCAGCUGAAGCAGAAGUAUGGAUUCUAACGUCAGCUGAUGACCACAGACCGGCUGGGCAAGCUGCUGGAUGGAGGACUGAGCUCUGGCUGAGACCACCACCUCAUCCAGAUGCUGUGAAACGCCUUUCAGCCCGAGGAGUGUGCCCUUACACAACACGUGAAUACCUGUUCGACUACUAGUGGUCUCACUGAGAUGAAGCUGUGGAUCAAACCUGUCCACCACAGUAGAAUCAGUUUUUCAGUUUUUACCACCACUUUUCAAACAGAGGUCCUGUCAUUUCAAAAUAAAAUAAUUUUCUCAAA